CAUGAGGAAAGCUUUCGUUGUUUGUUGUUAAGGGCGACCAAACUACCAGACACGUUUGCAAACGUGCGGCUUCUUCUUAUACAUUUUAAACAUUUAAUUAUGAAUCCAUUUCCACAGUUAUUAGAAAACUGUCUCAUUGACACGAAACAUGUAGAGUGUGCGGCGAUAAUCGUGGCUAAAAGUGGCGACAUAACGGCUGCUUCCAAAAACUUUACACUGUCUUCAGAACAAGCGAAGGUAUUUGUAGACGCUUUCAAGCACGUGAAUAUAACGCGGCAAAGAGGACUCGGCUAUAAAGGCAAACUUUACACCUGUGUACGGGCUGACAGACACUCAAUAUACUCCAAAUGUGAAGGAAGUGGCUUGAUAGUGGUGAGAACGGCACUGUUCGUGAUAGUUGCUACUUACUCAAAGGACAUGUAUCCCAGUAUCUGCGUGGAAGCAGUUGAGAAACUAGCCGAAUAUCUACGAGAAAAGGAUAAAUGAGGCUCAUCGUAUCUGACCCGAAGAGAUGACACUCAAAAACAAGACUCAAGCAUGAAUGAAUGUGGACACCUGAGGGUGGUGCCAAUUUAACUAUUCACAGGUGCAUUUAUCUUUGUCUUUUGAUACAAGAAAACAAGUAAGAAAACAUUGGUUUUGAGAA